UUCUCUUAUUUAUUGUUUGUUCUUUUUCUUACCUUGAAAUUUCUCUUUCUUCAUAUGUUUGUGACUUUAUACCUACUAUCUCUUUAUUUCAUGAACUUAGUCCUCUCCCAUCAUCUCCACACACUUGCCUCUUCCUCUUCUUCUUCUUCUUCUUCUUUUUCUUCUAGCUAGGUCUUUUUUCUGAAGAAAAACAAAAUAUUGAUCUUGCAAACCAGUCAUGAAAUCAUUACUAUAUGUAAAUUUAUCUAUAGAGGGAGAUGGGUGGAAGAGGAAAAAGAAAAAGAGAUUUAAUAUAGACUAUAUAUUAUAUGUAGUGGUAAUUUAUGGGAUAAUAUAGACUAUAUAUUAUAUAUAUAUAUAAUAUAGUUUGUUUUAGUUGUGGGGGUGGUUCUGAAAUUACCAAAAAAAAACCCUAGAUCCUAAUGAGAAGGUUGGGGUUUAUGGUAGAUGUAUGUAGCUAUAGCUGUAGAGAUUCAAUUCUAAUUAAGGUACUUAGCUAUAGGAAGCUAGAAAAGGGUGGGUGUGCGUUGAAAAACUAACAUGUUUUUACCAUAAAUAGUGUCAUUUCUGGGUACAAUCUCAUCAUUUCUCAGAUCUGAUGAAUAUAUAUAGUAUAUAUUUUCUCCACUAUCAUCAUCAUCAUCAUAUAGAUCCAUUCCACAUCUUUCUGGGAUUAAUUAGAUAGAUCUUGUUGUAUAUGUAUGUAGUGUUUUGUAUACAUACACAUAUUACAAUAUAGAUAAGCAAAAACAAGUAAAGGGUUUGGAUUAGAAGGGGAUAUAAUAAUCUAUAUAUAUCUAUAUAUAAAAGAUGAGAUAAUAUACAAACUGACAGAAGAGAGUGAGCACACACUGACAAUUGUAUGAGUGCAUACCUUGUUGACGGUUUGUGCUCACUUCUCUAUCUGUCAGCUUAUUGCACUUUUAUAUUCUCUCUUUGCCCUUUCUAAUUAAUUUGCUAUAUAUAUAAAUAUUUAUUCAUUACUUCUUCUUCUUCUCUAGACUUUUUUUUUCUUACUUUUAUAAUGUAUGUAUAGUAGUAUAUGUAUAUAUAUGUUCUUAGCUAGCUCUUCUUCUUUUUUCUUUUUUGUUUUUUGUUCAUAUUAUAUAAAUAUUUGACUGAAUAUGGAUCUGUGUGUUUUCUUCUUUCUAUUUCUAUUGGCUAUAUAGCUUUAAGAUCAGUAGUUUUCAACACCUUUAUCUCACAAUAAAUUUUUGGUUGGUUUCAGUCAAAUAUUGUCUCUUUAAUUUCUAUUUGUUUUUGUUGAUAGAAAUAUAAAAAACAAAAGAAGAAAAACAAGUACUGAAUUGGCUUUAAUGGCGGCUGCUGCUCCUUUAGAGAGAGAUAAUAUAUCAAUGUGGUGAUAGUCUAGUCUGAUGACACAUAUUUCAUUGAUCAUAUCCUUUUGACACAUCACCCCCUUAUAUAUAUAUAUGAUCUUAUCUCUAUAACUUUAUCUUUCCUUUUAUUUUCUUCACACACAUCAAUGCCAGAAUUUAUUAGAUUUUCUUUUUUAAUGUUUGCACAUGAUAUGAUUUUUCAACAGAAAAUAUAGUUAAUUUUGUGCUUUCCAUAAAUAAUGAACAAAUUAUUAAUAGCAUCUUUUCAUUAUUUUGUUUGUGCUAAAGUAUAUUUCAUGUGAUUGAACCUAGUUGGAGAAUCUGUAUAAUUUGUUUUUGAAAGAUUGAAAAACUUUCAUAAAUUUCUAAUAAAAUGUUUAGUGGAGUAUUUAAUUUAUUAAUAUGAAGUAAAUUAAUAAUUAUUUUGAAUAUUUCUAUAUAUACAUAAAAAGAAAAAAAAAAAAGCGUGACUUUUCAUGGUCCUUCCUUUGUUGAAGAUAUAAAUAAUAUGAUGGAUUAGCCAGGUACAUUAAAGGUACGCCUGGCACUGUUAUUUAUUUAACGGAAAAAACCCUUAAUUUAUUCUUCACUUAAUUCUCAAAAUCGCUUAAAAAGGAAAAACUUCUUCUCUCUUUUCUUCUUCUCCAUGCAAAGAUAAGGUAAAUAAAACAGUUUUUUUUUGUGUUUUUAUUUUUCAAUAAAAAGAUCUUUCCGUUGUUAAUUAAUGAGCUAUUUAGAUAUGGGGCUUUUGAUUUUUUUUUUUUUUUGUUGGUCUAUAUAUAUAUUUGAUGGUGAAGAUUCUAUUUCAUGGUAAUAAUGAUUUUUUUUUUCUGGGUUUCCUUUUCUUAGGUGGGUCAACGAUCAUAAUGAUAAAGAUGGAAACUUUUGUUAGUUUCCUAUUCUGGGUCGCAAUGAAAAAGCUCGUCAAAGAAGAAAAUUACCUUAUGGAGGUAUCAGCAUGGAAGAUGUCAUGUCGAGCAUUGUUUUAAAUGGAGGGUUGAAUGUGAUACCGGAAGCAGCUAAUUCCAAUGGCAGCGUGCACUCGCUCACUCCAAGCAAGCGUGCAAAGACUGGUUCCUCGGCAAAAUACAAAGGGACGGUGAAGCAGCAAAAUGGGCACUGGGGUGCCCAGAUAUACGCUAAUCACCAGCGCAUUUGGCUUGGGACUUUCAAGUUGGAGGAGGAUGCUGCUAUGGCCUAUGACAGUGCGGCAAUCAGGCUGCGGUGCGGGGAUUCACACAGGAACUUUCCUUGGACUAAAGCUACUGUUGAAGAGCCAAAGUUCCAAAGUCAUUACACCACAGAAAAUUUGCUAAACAUGAUCAAAGAUGGCUCUUAUCAAGCCAAAUUCGAAGACUUUCUAAGGAAUACUUGCUUAGAAAAUUCUGAGAAAGCUGCUUCUCUCGGCUUAUUAGGUAAUGCUAACAUAGGUGGAUUGUUGUUUAAGCAACUUCUUUUCCAAAAGGAGCUCACACCGAGCGAUGUAGGCAAGCUGAACAGGCUUGUGAUUCCCAAGAAAUACGCCAUCAAGUAUUUGCCUCAUAUUUCUGAAGAGGACUCAGAGGAGAAGGAAAGUCUCGGUGAUGGGACGGUUGAUGACAUGGAGGUGGUGUUCCAUGACCAUUCAAUGAGGUCAUGGAAGUUUCGGUAUUGUUACUGGAGGAGCAGCCAGAGCUAUGUCUUCACUAGGGGUUGGAGUCGGUUUGUCAAGGAAAAAAAGCUCAAGGCAAAUGACACCAUUGCCUUCUACUUAUGUGAGCAGAGAAAUGUUUUGAAUGAGAAGGAUGCUUUUGCUAUGAUCGAAGUGGUUGAAGAUAACGACAGAUUAUUGAUCAACGGUGCAGCGAAACAUUCCUGUCUUCGAUUGAAUUUCGACAAGUGUUGUAAACAAGUUGAAGUUGACAAGGAAGGGGAUGGCGAAGUGGCCAUGGAAGAAGUCGGCAAUGAAAUUCCGAAGGCGGCUGCUGCUGCUGCUGCUGCCAAUUCAGGUUUUAGGCUAUUUGGAGUGCAAAUAGUAUGAUCUGCUGAUUGAAGUUUUUCUUAGCACUUUUUGGGCACAUAUCUAAGCUAGUUAGUUCUAAUUUUAGUUAGUUUAAAGUUGAGAAUUCGGAUUUUGAGGCUAUAUUAUCUAGUAAUUAAGGGGUAAUAUUUUGUUAUCUGCUAUUCUAAUAAUCUUGUUUUUGUUCAUAUUUGGCUUGUAGUCUUAAUUGCACUACAAUUUUGAGCAGCCAAUUAUGCAUACAUAAUUAUAUAUACAGGGCUCUAGUCUACUUGUUAAUGUUAGUGGCAGACCAACAUAAAAAGGAGUUGUUUUUUUCUAUUA